AGGAUUAUACGUUAUAAUUUUGUUAUGUCUGUAUAUUAAUAUAUUUAUGUUCGAUAAAAUAUAUCGACCGCAAGAUUAUACCUUCCUCUACUUGCUAAAUAUACAUACUUUUGUAAAUCUAUUUCCGCUUGCAAGCAAAACACUUGUACAAAGGAUUUUACGCAUUUGCAAACGAAUGAAAUGGAAUUGGCAAGAAAUUUGUGGAGAAGAUCAUUGUUCGCAUAUAAAAGUAACAUGCAAAUGUCAAUACGAAACAGUUUGAUUAAUCCGUCUAACAUAAAUUCUGACACAACAUCCGAAUCAUUAAAUGUAGAAUCUAAACUGAAAAAUAAAAAAGUUGAGAUUGCUUUAGGAGCUACGGAAGAACUAUCGUCUUAUAUAGGAUUAGCUAGAGAAUUUGCAACUGACAGCAAGGAAGUACAUCCAUACAUAGAAAAAUUAAGGAGAAUUCAAAUGAUUCUCCUUGAUUUACAUUACACUAUUAAAAAAGCUGUACCGGGAAAAACGAAUCUAUUUGAAAAUCGACAUACCCAAGAUCUCGAUGAAUGGAUUAUGGAAUAUUCAAAACAACUGCCUCCUCAUGAAGAUUACAUUAUACCAGGUGGUGGUAAAGCGUGUGCAUCCCUGCAUAUCGCAAGAACAAUAUGUAAAAAAGUAGAAGAUAGUGUCAUACCAUUGAUAAAUAAUGGAUUGUUAGAUAAGGAAGCACAAAUAUAUUUAAAACGUCUUACUGAUUUUCUUUUAACGACAUCUCGUAUGGCUGCUAAAUGCGACAACCGUUCAGAAAACAUUUAUAUACCUCGAGGAGAAGUCUCAAAACACGAAUAGAACAAGUAUAUCGAUAUUCUUAAAAUUAAUUAUACGUAAAUGAUUUAUAUAUGUUUUUUUACAAAUUAAUAUAAA